UUUCAUCAAUGAGUGAUGUUUUCUGUUCCUGUCCAGAGCCAAAAAGACUUCUCAGACCCUAACCCUAACCCUUAUUCAAGAGGGGGGAACCAGCUAGCCUUUGCUUUAAAAAGCUGCAGGUCACUUCCAGCUCGGACACACUCAUCAGUGAAUCAACAGACAGGAAACAGGAUGUCGGUGUGGUUUUGGAUUUCGGUUUGUGCCUCGCUCUGUCGCGUAGUGACCGCCCAACAUGGGAUGACCGGUCAGCCCCGUGAGGUCCCGGUGAACGGCACCGAGGUGGUGGCGGCGGCUCGGUUUGCCGUGGUUGAAUUCAACAGGGACAACGCCGAGGACCAGUUCGCCUACAAAAUUUUGAACAUUACGUCGGCCAAAAUUCAGGUGGUUGCAGGGAUAAACUUGAUCCUGGAGGUGCGGCUCGGUCGGACAGCGUGCAAGUCGAGCGACACGAGUGACGGUGAGGCAUGCGGUUUCAACUCGGAGCACAAGGAGCUUUGGUGCCACUUCGUCGUUACAGAAAUCCCUUGGGAAGAUUCACGUGUACUCACACAAAAGAGGUGUCACCCACAUAAUUGACUGAAACUCUGAUUGGUGCUGUGUAUGUGAAUGAGAGGGAGCAAGGGAUGAAAGACAUCGACAGAGAUCCAAAUGGUAUGUUCCUUCGCCAAAUGAGCCACCAUGAAGGGCCUGACGUGAAGGCUUCACGUGCACAUUACAUGUAUGGCUUAUGCUGCAUGCAUGUUACGCAGAGCACACUAUGGAUUGUGUGCAUGCCAUUAAGUGUGUGAAUAAGAGAGAUGUACAUGUUGCUCAGUCAGCUAUUGCACAGACAGAGACCAUCAAUCACAAAUGCACAGUGAGCCGCAUUGCUCUUUUCCUGGUCCCUCAAGUCCCUUCUCUGGGCUGGAAUUACACAGCACUUUACCUGCAACACUGCAUUUUUCUGGACUCCGUCUUAACCCUGCACCGUAACUCAAGCAACACAUUUGUGCGGUGCCAUGUCUUUUUAAACUAUGACAAGGGGUGAGGUUUUAUGGCGCGACUUAUAAAUCUGCUCCAUAUACACAGUCAUAUAUGCUGUUUUUAAAAAAAAAAAAAAAUCAUAUUUUAGCUCUCUAGAUGCGGUAAAAUGCGCACAAGGUGAAAUCCAUUCCAGCCUCUCAGACCGUUCUUGAUAUAACAGAAAAAUGUACAAAUUAAAAGGAUGAGGAGAUCGUUUCUUGGGUUUUGCAUGGUAACAUCACCCCCUUUGCAUACUGUAUGCAGUACAACAUAUGUCAGCGAAGGGCCAUCCCUCACCACGACUACUGUAUGUCUUUAUUAACGCCUGCUUGACAUCUUGUUUCCCUGCUUGAAGCCGUUGUCAGUUCCUCACCCCCACCUCACCACCACAUGAACUUUUGUCCUUAUGUUUGACUAAUAUCACAAAUAGACACAUUCUUCCUUUGCCUCCAUUGAACCACUUAUAAUUUGUUCUUUUGUAUCAUUUUGAGUCAUCCUGAAAAACUUAAAAUUUAACAACACGUUUCAUUAAAAUAAAUCUCUAUGGUA